AAUCAGUUUGCUCUUUGAUGCCGUGAACUCUGACAACAUCGAAAAGCUGGUUCAGAUGCGUGAAGAAGGAGCAAACCUGUUGGUCCAGGACCGUUUCGGCCGCACCCUCCUCCAUCAUGCAGUCGUUUUAGGCAGUAAAGAGAUUGUGAAGUAUAUCAUUGAUAAUGCUCCGGCCUGCAUCCUGGAUGUGACGGAGAAAUCAACAGGGGAGACGGCCCUGCAUAAGGCAGCUGCGUUGUGCCAGAGAACAAUCUGCUGUUACCUGGUGGAGGCUGGUGCGUCCCUCAUGAAGACCGAUCUACAGGUGAGGACAUUCAAAUGGACCUCAUACCUGUACCUUAUUUCUUAA